AUGCCAGAUGUCGAAUUUUGGGGACGGGCCGCGGCCGAUUUCUUUCAAUCGAUAAAAAUUGGUGGACAUCGAGGUGCUCCAAGAAUUGCUCCUGAAAAUACGUUAGAAUCAUUUGAGAAGGCAUAUGAGAGCGGCGUUGACCUAAUUGAAUUUGAUUUGAUGCUGACUAAAGAUGACGUGGUAGUGGUGAUGCAUGACGAUAAUUUGUUAAGAACUUGUGGAGAACCUGAAUUAAUCGCAUCUUUAACGAUCGACCAAAUUAAGAAAAAGAAUGCAGGGAAAACAUUUUAUACAUCAGGCAGUGGAGAAGCAAAUAUUUACAAAAUACCUACUCUGGAAGAAACUGUGAAAUUUAGCAUGGAGCAUAAGAUUAAAAUGUUAUUUGAUAUGAUUUCACAGAUCGCUAAUAUAAUCGCUAAAUAUAAUUUAUAUGAUCAGGUUAUUGUAUCAUCCUUUUUUCCAUGGGUCUCGUAUGCUGUAAAAAAAAAUGAUCCAAAAAUUUUGACUGGUUUGACAUGGCGCUCUUAUUUUUUCUCAUAUGAAGAUUUAGAAAAUACUAUACCACGUUUUCAUGGAAUUUUGCACUAUAUAGCUCUAUUUGCCGAUUUCAUCAAUAUAAAACUAAUCAAUAGUAUUUUGCCGCAAUUUUUGGGAGUUGAGAUGCUCCUUACGAAUGAACAAGAUAUUAGCAGGAGCAUUGUCAGAGAUAUGUUGAAAAAUAAUAUCCGUGUUGUUGCUUGGACUGUCAAUGAAAAGGAACAAAUGGCUUAUUUUAUCAAUAUUUUAAAGGUUUUUUUCGAAGUGGUCUUGAUUACAUUGAUGAACGUGUGA